AUGAUAACCAAAAAGAAGAAGGCUGUGAUAGUGUUAUCUACUCUGCACGACAGCGACUCCAUUGACGGAUUCACCGGGAAACCCAUCCAAGUCAAGGAUUAUAACUUCACAAAAGGCGGAGUAGACACAGUGGAUUUGAUUCGCUCUAGAAUUUCCACAUCAAGAGUUGCGAAGAGAUGGCCGAUGGUUGUAUUCUUUCGGUUGCUUGACCUGGCAGGAAUUAACUCCUUGCGAAUUUUUCAGUUCAAUAACCCUCUACAGGUAAAGAAGAACGACAGAAAGUAUUACCUUUACGACCUGUCAUUGGAGUUGAUGAAUGAAAACCUGAAGCUGUGA